AUGGCCGGCUCCGCGCCUCACGUCAUGGUGCUGCCGUUCCCGGCGCAGGGCCACGUCACCCCGCUCAUGGAGCUGUCGCACCGCCUCGUCGACCACGGCUUCCAGGUCACCUUCGUCUGCACCGACCCCAUCCACAAGCUCCUUCUUGACGCCCUGCAAAGCAACGCCGACGGCGACAACGGCGGCGGCGAGGCGCUGGACGGGAUCCGCCUGGUCUCCAUACCGGACGGCCUGGCCGACGGCGACGACCGGAGGGACCUCUGCAAGUUUCUGGACGGGAUCUCGCGGUGCAUACCAGGCUAUGUCGAGCAGCUUAUCAGGGAGACCAAGGUGCGGUGGCUCGUCGGCGACGCCAACAUGAGGCUGUGCUUCGAGGUUGCCAAGAAGCUCGGCGUCCGGGUCGCCUGCGUCUUCCCGGCGUCCGCGGCGGGCCUUGGGACGUUGCUCCGGCUUCCCCAGCUGAUAGAGGACGGCUUCUUCGACGACAAGGGCUUCCCGAAACGACGAGGCGCGUUCGAGAUCGCCCCCAACAUGCCGCCGAUGUACACGUCGCACAUGCCCUGGAGCAUCGACGGCGCCGCCGAGGGGCAGGAGGUAUCCUUCCGGCUGGUGUCCCGGAACACCCAGGCGACCAGCCUAGCCGAGAUCAUCGUGUGCAACUCGUUCCUCGACGCCGAGGCCGCGGCGUUCGAGCGGUUUCCCAACAUAGUGCCCAUCGGCCCGCUGUCCGCCGAUCAGGAGUUCCGGAAGCCCGUCGGGCAGUUCUUGGCGGAGGACGCGGGGUGCCUGAAGUGGCUCGACGCCCACCCCGACGGCUCCGUCGUGUACGUGGCGUUCGGCAGCUUCACCAUCUUUGACCCGCGGCAGUUCCGCGAGCUCGGCGAGGGGCUGGAGCUCACCGGCCGGCCGUUCUUGUGGGUGGUGCGCCCGGACUUCACGACCGGCGGCCUGAGCAAGGCGUGGUUCGACGAGUUCACGCACCGCGUCGCCGUCAACGGCAGGGGCAUCAUCGUUAGCUGGUGUCCCCAGCAGCAGGUAUCAUAUAUUAUCAUCAACUUACCUAGCUCUCACGCUAUGUUUAAUCGGUCCUCGCGCACCGCGCGGUGGCGUGCUUCGUGUCGCACUGCGGUUGGAACUCGACGAUGGAGGGGGUCAGAAAUGGCGUGCCGAUCCUGUGCUAGCCCUACUUCGUCGACCAGUUCGCGAACCGGAGCUACAUCUGCGAUAUCUGGAGGACCGGACUGGCCGUGA